AGAGAUAGAUAACUACAAAAAAAUAGUUUUACGAACACAAACGAAAUUUGUAUUUCUUAAGGACAGCAACGCCCCCUCUUUGUGUGACAGGCGUUGCAGAUAACCCAGUAACUCGACAUACACAGAACGUUAAAAUGAAGAAACUGAAUUCUAAAGGAAAUGGUUACGCAGCGGAUGAAGACCGUAAUCCGAUUUGACGUCGUUCUCUCCACCGCAGCGUGUUAUCUUUGUGGUGGCUGUCGGUUAAACCGCCGCUGUUUUGCUGCUACUUGUUAGCUGCGAAUCCUAAACUGUGUCCGCGCAGUUUGUGGUAUGCAGAGCACAAGAAGCAACUAAUUUACAAAGCUAGCUUUGUUCACAGUGAUAGGAGUCGUUCUCCUCUUUGCUGUACAGCCGAGGGGGAUUUUAUCUGGUUGUUUAGGAUAUUACAUAAUGUGUCGGUAAGCUGUUGAUGUAGCUUAACAUUAGUCUGUUUUGGGAAAAGACGCCUUUACCUCGUAGCACGGUUCUUAACGUUUGAGUAACAGUGGUCCAGCGUCAUAAUGGGUAUCAACAGGGUCUACAUUAGCAUAGGAUAUGCUACAUUUGGGACUCUGGUCGGACUCUCGGCUUUCCUGGUGUGGAAUAUCGCUUAUAAGCAGCCAUGGACGGCGGCCAUGGGAGGCCUGUCAGGAGUUUUGGCGCUCUGGGCUCUCGUCACACACAUCAUGUACCUUCAGGACUUCUGGCGCACCUGGCUAAAGGGCCUGAAGUUCUUCAUUGCUGUUGGUGUUUUCUUCUCUACUCUGGCUGUGGCUGCCUUCAUCACCUUCCUAACCCUGGCUAUUACACAGAAGCAAUCUGUCACUGACCCGAGGAGCCUCUACCUCUCCUGUGUGUGGAGCUUUCUGACCCUCAAAUGGUCUUUCCUCUUGGCCUUGUACUCGUACAGAUACCGCCAGGAGUUUGCGGACAUCAGCAUCCUCAGUGAUUUCUAGUCAGUACUGAUUUUAUAGACUACAUUGAACUUUGAGGGGUUUUUGGUCUGCCAGCACGAGCUGGUCAAUGUGCUUUUGAAACAAAGAAGACGAAAAGCAGAUGUGGGUAGAUUAAAAAGUCACCUGACUUUUACCAUAUGGAGUUGAAGUAAAAGCUUAACGAGCUCUGUAUUUGUAUUGUAACCUGUUCUCCUGCAUUUAAUGACUCACAUGUUACAGUCCUGUAGUUAGUCAUAAGUCUAAACCUCUGAAGACUGGAACUGUGAAUGAACGGAUUGCUGAAGUCAUUUUUGGAGAGAGAUGCAGGUGGUUUUUCAGAGAGAUUUUUAUCUUGAGAUUGUUUUUCUUUAAACAAUUAAUACGUAAACGGAAAUCCCCAUCAUAUCAGGCUUUGAAUCUAGCUGUUAGUUGCUUUAAGUGAAAGAGAAAAUACAUUCAACGGUAACAUCCUCAGAACCAAAACUAAAACCUUCUACCUGGAACUACUCUAAUACUAGGUCAACGGUGUUUGUUGGAGUGCUUGACUGCUUGCAUCAAAAUGAUUGUUUUAAUUAUUGAAACCCCAAACUACAAAAUAUCUCCAUAUAGGCACUGCUUUUUAGCAUCCACCAUCAUUAUCAUUAUCAUCAAUUGAGCAAUUUUAAAAAAAUGUUUUUUGAAGUUAAUUCACAGAUAGGAAUAGUUGCACUCUGAUUUAAAGCUUUCUUUUAAAAAAAGGUGUUAAUGUAUUUGGAUAAGAUCCUUUACACUUUUAAUAAGAAAACCAUUGAUGUGGAGUUUGUGCUUUUCGUCUUUGGUCCACCAGGGGGAGACAUGCUUGUUCUGUCCAUUUGAAUAUUCUCACAUUCCUCUCGAAGAGAAAAAAAAAUGGAUUUAAUAAAUAAUUGCACUUUAUGAUAUUCAUGUCAUUGUUUUGCACAGAUAUUCCGACACAGUGGAGCAAAAUGAUGUUAUGCCGUUUCCAUCUCUUCCCUUUUAAUGUAAAAAUACACUAUGUAAAUGUUUCUUUUAUUUACAGUUAGCUGAAUUGUGUAAGUCAGUUUAAACUAGGCUUCAUUAUUGGUUUAGCAGUAGCAUAUGUCCACCUUUUACUAUGAAACAUGUAAUGUCAAAGUUUUGUUGACGAGAGAAUGAACGUGCGGAUGCUACAUGUAUAUAAAAAACUGAACCCAUUAAAGAUGCAUUCAUUGUUAAA